GUCCUCUCACUCUGCCUUAUGGAGGACUACCUGCCUUGGCACCUGGAGGACAUCAUCUAGACACCAGGAGGACCCAGCGCUGUGUUCCAAGUGUCCCCCCUACUCAAUCUGCAGACCCUCCGUCCCUUGGAAUAGCAGACCUCCUCUCCAGACUAAUGGGCAACUUAUCAUCCCUCCAAUAAUGGAGAACGUCAGAAUGUGUAAGGAGCCUGCACCGUAUCUGGGAAACUCAGGAGUGCAUGAAAUGAUUGCUCCUGUGAAGAAAAGACCUGAGGAAGAGUUGCAGUGCCUGGAGAUGACAACCAAGCGAAAAAUUAUUGGGCGGCUGGUCCCAUGUAGGUGUUUUCGAGGAGAAGAGGAAAUAAUAUCAGUGUUGGAUUAUUCUCACUGCAGUUUACAACAGGUGCCAAAAGAGGUUUUCAAUUUUGAAAGGACAUUAGAGGAACUCUAUCUGGAUGCCAAUCAAAUUGAAGAGCUACCCAAGCAAUUGUUCAGUUGUCAGUCUCUACGGAAGCUGAGUAUGCCGGACAAUGAUUUGUCGAACCUGCCAGCGUCAAUUUCUAGCCUAGUUAAUCUGAAGGAAUUGGAUAUCAGCAAAAAUGGGAUCCAGGAAUUUCCAGAAACCAUAAAAUGUUGUAAAUGUUUAACAAUAGUUGAAGCCAGUGUGAAUCCGAUUUCCAAGUUACCCGAUGGAUUCACGCAGCUCCUUAACCUUACUCAGCUGUACCUUAACGAUGCCUUUCUUGAGUACCUUCCUGCUAAUUUUGGAAGGCUCAGCAAAUUGCGGAUACUGGAACUAAGAGAAAACCAUUUGAAAACGUUACCAAAGUCAAUGAGUAAACUAACCCAGCUAGAACGAUUGGACCUUGGCAAUAAUGAGUUUAGUGAACUGCCAGAAGGCCUGGAGCAAAUACAGAAUUUAAAGGAAUUGUGGCUAGAUAAUAAUUCAUUGCAAGUAGUGCCUGGGGCUACCGGAAAACUAAAACAACUGAUUUAUUUGGACAUGUCGAAAAAUCGGAUUGAAAGUGUAGAUCUGGAAAUAUCUGGAUGUGAAUCACUAGAAGAUCUUUUACUGUCAUCCAAUUUGUUACAGCAGCUGCCAGACUCUGCAGGUCUGUUGAAAAAACUUACAACUCUCAAAGUAGACGACAAUCAACUUAUAGCAUUACCAAAUACUAUUGGAAAUUUGUCUAUGUUAGAAGAGUUUGAUUGCAGCUGUAAUGAACUGGAGUGUUUGCCUCCAACCAUCGGCUACCUGCACAAUCUUCGUACACUGGCGGUUGACGAAAAUUUCCUCACAGAGCUACCCAGGGAAAUUGGAAAUUGUAAGAACGUGACAGUGAUGUCUCUUCGAUCCAACAAACUGGAAUUUCUUCCAGAGGAGAUUGGACAGAUGCAAAAACUGCGAGUGUUGAAUCUGAGUGAUAACAGGUUAAAGAAUUUGCCAUUCAGCUUUACAAAACUUAAAGAACUUGCUGCUCUUUGGCUUUCCGACAAUCAGUCCAAGGCUCUCAUUCCACUUCAAACUGAAGCUCACCCGGAAACCAAGCAGAGGGUGCUGACAAAUUAUAUGUUCCCCCAGCAACCGCGAGGAGAUGAAGAAUUCCAGUCAGACAGUGAUAGUUUUAACCCAACGCUUUGGGAAGAACAAAGACAGCAGCGAAUGACGGUGGCAUUUGAAUUUGAAGAAAAGAAAGAGGAAGAAGAAGCUCCUGGGAAACUCAAGGUUGAAAUCAACCUUAAACGCUACCCAACGCCAUACCCUGAAGAUUUAAAAAAUAUGGUAAAAUCCGUGCAGAACAUGGUGGGUAAAGGCAGUCACAGUAGCUCAUUGGACAACCCUGUGCCAUCCUCAAGCUCCGAGUCAACCCAUAAGGAAAGAUAUGAACAUAAAUGGCCAAUGUCGGCAAAAGAAGUAAAGUCUGCAGAGGUUUCAAACCGAGAACAUAAAGAAUUCCAAAAGAACCAAAUGUCGGAAUCGGGAAACAUUCGGAGCUAUUCUUUGGAUGCCCCAAAGAGGAAGGAGAAAGAGGAUCAUUCGGAGCGACCAGAGGAAACAUUCAGCCAUCGCCCAAAUGAUAUGAGAAUGGCAGAACUUCGCCCCUCUUUAAUUGAGACUCCAUUGUACCCUCCAAAACUUGUAUUGCUGGGAAAAGACAAAAAAGAGUCAACAGAUGAAUCUGAAAUUGACAAACAUCAUCAUAACAGUGUCUCGUCUGGGACUUAUUCUGACUAUUCACCAUCUCAGGCCUCUUCAGGGUCCUCUAACGCUCGUGUCAAAGUGCAGAUUACUGCGAAGGAAGCAGUCAAUAGCUCGCUGUGGGGUAACAGACUUACUCAGUCGUUUCCGCAGCCAUUGGAAACAAAGCCAUUACUUAGCCAGCGGGAGACAGCACCGGGUGGGAAUCUACAGCAACGCAACGAAAGACAGCAGCUCAACGAUUCCUUUACUGAGAACUGGAAUGACAGCUCACAUUAUGAUAACACUGGGUUUGUUGCUGAAGAGAAUACAGUUGAGAAUUCAAGUAGUAACCCAAUGCUGAAUUCAAAAUCGAGGAGCACCUCCGCUCAUGGGCGCCGACCGUUAAUCAGACAAGAUCGGAUUAUUGGAAUUCCUUUGGAACUAGAGCAGCCUACACAGAGAAACCCUCCAGAAUCAGAUGUGCCUCCUAGCAAUCCAUGGCAGAAUUGGACUAGAACCCCAAGCCCCUUCGAAGAUAGGACCGCCUUUCCAUCAAAAUUGGAAAGCACUCCUGUCAACAGUCCUCUACCAGAGAGGAAAGUACACAAGCAAACGUCACUUGAUAACACAAAUACGUAUUCUUCAGGGGCCGGUUGGGAAUUCCAUGAUUCAAACUCUAACAGAAAUGUUUUCACUCAUACUCAUUGUCGACCUGAGUCAGCCAAAAAUAGCAUUUCACUGAGCAAGAGUACUGAAAGGUUGUCACCACUACUCAAGGACCUGAAGACAGGCAGGUUUAAGAAGUCACAAAGUAUAGAUGAGAUAGACAUUGGAGCAUUCAAAGUGUAUAACAUACCAUUGCAAAAUUAUGACCCAAGGCAUAUCUUGCAAGGUAGUCAUGAAAGACCAGACCUAAUGCUAGGCCAGGAGCAAAGCAUGUCACGCAGCCAGUCAGUCCCAAUGCUUGACGAUGAGCUUCUGGGAUAUGGAAAUAGUAGGGGUCAACAACAUAAGUCAACAACAAAGAAAGUCUAUCAGUUCGACCAAAGUUUUAAUCCUCAAGGCGCUGUAGAAGUUAAACCUGAAAAAAGAGUACCACCACCUUUCUCGUACAAUCCAGAAUAUUCUGCACAGCAAACAAAAACAACUGUGAAGGAUCUGAUCAGCCCAAGAGCCUAUAGAGGAUAUCCACCCAUGGAACAAAUGUUCUCCUUCUCCCAGCCCUCAGUGAAUGAAGAUUCCCAUCCACCACAGUUUACAAACCAAGGCACAAGACCUGGGUUUUUGAAAAGAGCUGAUUCGUUGGCAAGUGCAACAGAAAUGGCUAUGUAUCGACGUGUAAGUGAGCCACAUGAACUUCCCCAGACAGAUAGGUAUGGCAGGGCUCCAUUCUUAGGAGCCAUGGAGCGACAAAGUAGUAUGUCAGUGGCCGAGUCUCAGUUUCACAAAAGGAAUGGAAGAUACGAAGAUGACCACAGCUCUUACCCAGAAAUUAAGUCUCAGGCUGGUAAUUAUCAAGUUAAAACCCUUACACAGCGAAGGCCGUUGUCUGCAAGAAGUUACAGCACAGAGACCUACGGGACGUCUCAGACUAGACCUGUUUCUGCCAGACCAACAAUGGCAGCUCUGCUUGAAAAGAUACCAUCUGAUUAUAAUCUGGUUAAUUACGGUGAUAAAGCAUUGGACACCAGUGACAUGAAGCUGAGGGGAAACCCUGGAAAAAUAGAAGAAAGCUGCAAUAAGAUGCCUCCUGACUGGAGGCAACAGCUUCUCAGGCAUAUAGAGGCUAGACGGUUGGACAGGAAUGCUGCUUAUAAGCACAACACCCUUAACUUUGGCAUGCCGCACUCAGGAAGUUUUGCAGCAAUGCAUGAUGGUAAAAGCAUGACUCUAACCAACAGACCUUACUACCAAGACAUACCUCUCCAAAAUACGCCUUCACAGCAGAGCAACAUCAUAGAUAACGGGCAUGAAGACAUGUCUUUGGGUCAGUGGAAUCCAUACCCUUUGGGUCGUAGAGAUGUACCACCAGAAAAUAUCACUAAGAAGCUUCCUGAAGCUUUGCCUAACGGGUUACAUUACCCACAGGCUGGUAGCCAUAUUCAGACGUUAAUGGGAUCCCAAAGCCUACAGCACAGAUCCAGGGAACAGCAACACUAUGACACCGGGAUGAAUAAAGUCACAAUCCAGCAGUACCAGUCUCCGCUGCCCAUUCAGAUCCCGUCUGCACAAAGAGGACCUCAGUCUGGCCGCUGUUUGAUCCAAACAAAAGGGCAGAGAAGCAUGGAUGGGUAUCCUGAGCAGUACUGCGUGAGAAUAGAGAAAAACCCGGGUCUAGGUUUCAGCAUCAGUGGGGGUCUGAGCGGUCAAGGAAAUCCAUUCAAGCCGUCAGAUAAAGGUAUCUUUGUUACUAGGGUUCAGCUUGAUGGACCGGCAUCGGGAUUGCUCCAGCCUGGGGAUAAGAUCCUACAGGCAAAUGGACACAAUUUUGCACACAUGGAACACGAGAAGGCAGUUUCGCUGUUGAAGAGUUUUCAGACUACAGUAGAUCUAGUAAUUCAACGUGAGCUUACUGUCUAAAUAUUUUUAUAAACAGUAAAGAUAUCAUUUAGACAGAUCUUAUCUUCAAAUAAUUACAUUUAUACAUAGGAAACCAAUUUUGCCAAUUGCUGGAUCAAUGGCAAAUGUUACUGCCAAAUGUAAAUGAUGUGUCAAUAUGGAUUUUCUGAUGUUCACUGUAUAAAUCGCAGAAUUAUCUGGAUAUUGUUAGGGUUUAUCUGUCAGCUUGAGGCUGUGUGUCGGUGCAGUUUUAUAAAAAAUAAAUAUGUGGAUUUCAAAUUUUUGAGAGCAUAGAAAGCACAGAUGCUGAUCUGAUAUUCAAAUUAUUA